AUGGUUUCAAUGCCUGGUGGAUGGCCGCACACGGCAGGCCUGCGCGGGAGCUGCUCUGCACCUCCCCUCCUUCCUCGCCAGCGCAGGAGGCGCAGCGCCAGAGGAGGCAACGACCGACGGCAGAGGCGCACGACAGGCGGGCGCCCUGGAGGGGGACAAGCGCGCGCGGCGCGUGCCCGGGCCGUCGGGAGGAGCCGAGGCCGCGCGGAGAACCAGCCGCGCGCCACGCCCCGCUGUGGCGGCCAGCCGCUUGCCAGGCCCUGCCGCUCCAAGAUCGCCCAGCACCGCUGGCCCACUGCCUCGGCCUUCGCGCCGAGCGCCUGCGACGAAUACUGGGCGCUCACCGUGUCCCCACUGCCAGCGGCGCAGGAGGCUGCGUGGCUUCACGCUGCCCCUGCCCUCGCCGCCAGUCAGUCGCUCCGAGCACGCGUGGUGUCUGGCGCUGGCUGGCGCCGCCUGGAUGCGGGGCCCGGCGGUCUCUCGAGCACAGUCUUCGCCGGCCUGGGCUCGCAGGCUGCCCGCGCCAGGUCGCGCCGAUGA